AUGGGCAAGAAUGGCCUGUCGUGGAGGUCUUGCUUCUCCUGCUACGGAAAGGUCCGGGACAGCCCCUCGCCGGGGAGAGACGAGAAGAGGACGACCAGACAGAAAUCGCAACGGGGAAGAUCCCCCCAGCAGCUCUCCUCCUCCGACUUGAGCAACGUGACGUCGCUUUUCUCGCCGGAGGACCUCUCGCUGUCGCUCGCCGGCUCCAACAUCUACUCCUUCACCGUGGCCGAGCUAAAGGCGGUGACCCAGAACUUCUCCACCAGCCACUUGAUCGGAGAAGGCGGCUUCGGUCAGGUCUACAAGGGCUACGUGGACGACAAGCUCCGGCCGGGGCUCAAGGCUCAGCCGGUCGCCGUUAAGCUCAUGGACCAGGACGGCCUUCAGGGUCACCGGGAGUGGCUGGUAAGCUUCGCAAUUCGGUGUACAUCCGCAGAAUGGAGAGAGAUUAUAUCCUGUCUAUCGUUUGCUCACCCUUCUUCUCCCUCUGCGCAGGCGGAGGUGAUCUUCCUCGGGCAACUGAGGCACAAGCACCUGGUGAAAUUGAUAGGCUACUGCUGCGAGGACGAGAACAGGCUCCUCGUCUACGAGUUCAUGGCCCGUGGAAGCUUGGAGAACCACCUCUUCAGAAGUAGGCUCCGACGUCCUAAAAAACAUCCUAAUCUCACGAAAUUCGCAGCAUAAUGAUCUGGUUCUGACCAAAUCUCGUCUCCUCGCAGGGUUCUUCGCAUCGCUGCCAUGGAAGACGAGGAUCAAGAUCGCCGUCGGCGCCGCCAAAGGCCUCACCUUCCUCCACGAAGCAGAGAAACCGGUCAUCUACCGCGACUUCAAGGCUUCCAACAUCCUACUCGAGUCGGUAAGUCCCCUUCCCCUCUCCUUCCCGCUCCACCCUGCCAAUCAAGAAAGACGCUCCGUUGCAAACCUUCUGCAGUCCGGUCAAUGCCAAACUUUGACCAUCGGGUGCAGAUGAUGCCAGCGUGGCUACUACCCGACAAAGAAGAAAAAAAACCUAGAAGGGCAUCUCACACAGAUUGCGUAUAGGGAGAAAAUAGUAGACAAAACAAUGCCCACCACCUGUUUGUAGAAAUGCGGAACUGAUCGAUCGUCUUCGACUCUCUCUGUUUCUGCAGGAUUACACCGCCAAGCUUUCAGACUUCGGCCUGGCCAAGGACGGGCCCGAGGGGGAGAACACCCACGUAUCGACCCGCGUGAUGGGCACGCAGGGUUACGCCGCGCCGGAGUAUAUCAUGACCGGUGAGCUUCUUCCUCCUCCUCGCCUCUACCUCUCCUCGUCGCCGGGAUUUUGAUCUGACUCUGAGGGUCCGUCGCGUGUUGCAGGGCAUCUGACAUCGAAGAGCGACGUCUACAGCUUCGGCGUGGUGCUGCUGGAGCUGCUCUCCGGGCGGCGGUCGGUGGAUAAGAGCAGGCCCAACAGGGAGCAGAACCUGGUCGAGUGGGCGCGGCCAUGGCUGAACGACCCGCGGAGGUUCUCCCGCAUAAUGGACCCCAAUCUCGACGGGCAGUACUCCACCAAGGGCGCGCAGAGGGUGGCGGCGCUGGCCGCCCUCUGCCUGAGCAACUCCCCCAAGAACAGGCCUACCAUGAAGGCCAUCAUCGAGACUCUGGAGCCCAUCCUGGAGCUGGCCGACGACCAGCCCACCGGCACCUUCGUCUACACGGCGGCGCCGCAGAACGGCGGCGGCGACGCCGGCAAGGCGACCCCCCGGGGAGACGAAGCGGAGAGGCACCGAGAGAGGGAGCCGCCGCGAGAGAACGGGAAUCAACCGCCCCAUCGCCACAAUCAGAACCAGGGAAGCAGGAACAGAAACCGGUCCCACAGGUCGGCGAGCUACACCGACACCGCCCUCUACAUGAACUCUCCCCGUCAGAUCCGCGGAAGGGCGGCCUAA